AGAUGGCGGCUGAGGACGUUAAUAAUAUGAUAACAUGUUUUCCACUGAUCAGGCCUAUCACUUUGUAAAGUAUCAUCAUGUAAGACUUCUUUAAAGCAAGGACUUCUCUACUAUUCAGUAUGAUCCGUUCCUGUUCAAAACUCGUGGAAAUCAGCUGAUUAUCAGCAGAAACUCUAGACCUACGGAUGCAGAAUUCCUCAUCCAGUUGUAACCGCGAGCACUCUCAGAUGGCAUUUGAACUGUUCGAGUUAAUUUGUUUGCUGAGGGUUCGUCCACGUGUUUCUCAGCAGCUCUCCAAAGAUGACAUCAAACGAUUGCCCUCUAUUCAACAAGCUGCUUUUCAUGAAGAUAACAAACGCAAUUUGAUGGUGUUACUCUGCAGUAAUGGAUCUUUAUUACUGCGUGCUGAGGAGAAAGGUGCUGCUGCAGUCGUAAAGCAAGUUUCUUGGUACCAGAACCCUGCUAAAGCCAUCAGAAUAAUAACCCUUGACCCAUCAGGUUCAUGGUUGGUCUGUGCAUGUGUAGAUGGCUCCCUGUAUAUUUUACCAGUAGCUGGAAUCGUACAGAGUAAUUCUGAGCUGUCUUGUCGUUAUUGGCCAACAGAUGAUAUUACACUCAUUUACAAAAGUGACAGACGAGGGUCUCCAUCUGAUUUAGUUUGGUGGCAGACAGUAGAUGAUUUGCACAUUGCUGUCAUAGGAACUGAGCUUGGUGAAAUACUGUUUGUGGAUCUCAGGUCAAAAAUGAUGUUAGCUACAGUUGAAUUUAAGGAGGGUAUCCAGUCCUUUGAGUUGAUGCAAGAUAAACAACAUGAAACAACUUCACUACUGAUCAACACCAUGUCUGGUGGCACAGUCCAGAUGCAGCUUGAGUACAAGUCCAUGAGGAAAACAGGCUUAGAACAGUUAAAGAGCCCUUCAUCUGUUGCCACAGCUAUGGGGUAUGAGACACUCAACAGGUUGACCAUACCCAUGGAGAGUGUGUUCAGUGGAACAGGUGAUCUGCAGGAUAAGAUAAAACCUAUGCCAACCACUACCUCUACUGGUAUCAUUCAGUUCUCAGUGCAGUAUGCUAGAAAUCAAGUGUUUAUUGGCGCCCAGAACAGAAAGAAUGACAUUCUGGAGGUGUACGAUAUUGAUGUAGAGAACCUACCAAUGUUUGUGUAUCAACUUCCUCCGGGAACAUCCAAUGUUUUAUUAACUGACAGGGUUAUAUUUACCAUUACUCACCAAGAACAGUCAGAAGAGACUUUGUUGAGCAUCCAGUCUAGUCAGCUUGCAGAAACUUCUCUAUCAGUACCAAAAACUCAUCAGAAGACAGAGUCAAGCAUCAUCCAGACCUUUGUGUUACCACCUGGUGAAAAAAUGGUUGCCAUGUUUCAACACCCAGAGUUGGUGGAGAGUGUUAUUGUCGUUGAUGAUCUUGAUCAUUCACAUGCAACAAGCAGUUCUUCUGGGAUGUCACACACUGUGGAUGGCGUGACCCUGGUCACGACAUCUGGUGUUUUUAAAUGCAGGCCAAAGAUGUCACCUGAGAAAUUGUUUCUAGAGCUAGCUGUCAACAGUGCUGACACAUCAGCUGCCGAUGUGCUUGCCAUCACCACAGGCCUUGAUGUGAAUAAGUUGUAUGAGAUGGCUGGUGAUGAGGCAUUGAAAAAAGAGAACUUUGAACAUGCUUUAGAACUGUACCAUUUAUCCAAGUGCUCAUUUGAGAGACGUGUUGCUCAAUUUGCAAAACAUGGCAGGGUUGCAGAUAUCCUCGCUCAUCUCAGACAGGCACUCAGUAAACACAGUGAUGUUCACAUUGCAGAGAGGAAACAGCUAUCCAAUCUUACACUCUUCUGCUUCAUACAACAGGUUUUGUAUCAUAGUGGAAAUGCAGUUCAGCAACAGACACUCUCUGAAGCAUUCAGCCAAUUCCUGAAUGAUAAUUUUGACUAUGAUGAGCUCACUGCCUUGGAACAGCUGUCAGCAUAUGGUCUCAAGAACUUCAUGUUUGAUGUAGCUAAGGCAAGAGGGCUCAUGGCUAAAACUCUGGACAUGCUUGCACAGAAAGGACAGUUUCAUCUCUCAUGUGAACUUCAGGGCAAGUUAGCAUCUAGAGGGUUCACUGAUAUCAUCAGCAGAAGUGCCAAUGGUGCUUUCAUACAUUGCAUGGACCCUAAGGAUGCAGUAUCAUUUCUGUUGUCAAAGCCUGAAACUAUUUUAAGUCAUCUGAAAUUCAUUCUAUCUCAUCUGACGUCGCUGAAUGAAGAAAGCUUGGUGCAUGUCGCUCGAGUUCUGGACCCAUCUCGUCCCUCAUUUAGAUCCUUGGCAAGUAAAAUGAGCCCUCCAAAGCAGAGGACUAUAUCUGGAAGCUCGAUCAGCUCAGUACUUUCUGUUGAAAGUACAGUCAGCUUUGGACAGGAGGAUACUAAGCAACCUUCCCUGCAGGAUCUGAUUGAGCUGUUUUUAUGUUGUCUUUUGGUUUUAAAUCAUCUCAGAGAUGACAAGUUGGAUGCUGAUGCAAGAGUUGCGGCGUUAAAGUGUAUUUCUGGUGGUGACCAAGCUUCUGAAAAUAGUCAUGGAAGGAAGAGGGAAGGAACAGUGGAGUUCCUGUGCAGGCCUGUCAGGUUGUCUUGUGGUCAACAACACUCAGCUGUUGUUAGCUCAUCAGGGGAUGUUUAUACCUGGGGAAGAUCGCAAAAAGGAAGAUUGGGCCAUGGAGAUUUAAUUGAGGAAGAAGGAAAAUCUGUUCCUUUUCGGGUUGAAAUUCUCCACAUGCACAGGAUUAAUGUGUUGUCAGUAGCUUGUGGAAUGGAACACACGUUGGCUCUCUGCAGUGAUGGGGUGUAUUCUUGGGGAUCAUCAGAGUAUGGACAGCUUGGCCAAGGAGACAUGCAGCAACAGACAAGGCCUGUUUACAUUACUGAGCUGUCGGACAAGAAAUGUAUAGCAGUUAUGUGUGGACACUAUCACUCUAUGGCUCUAUCAGCAGAUCACCGGGUGUGGUCAUGGGGAUGGGGUGUCCAUGGACAGUUAGGAGUGGGUAGCAUUGAAGAUGCACUCCUGCCAACACAUGUGCAAACACUUGAUGAAUAUCAAGUGACUGCACUAGCUGCUGGAUAUUCACACAGUGCAGUACUUACAGCUCAGGGACAAGUCCUCACAUUUGGAGGAGGAUUGUAUGGUCAGUUAGGGCUGGGAACCAACAGUAAGCAGACACUUCCUGUGCUUGUGGAAACAUUGAAGCAUGAGAAAGUAUACUUGAUUUGUUGUGGAUCCUUUGAAACUCUGGCUAUCACAGAAGACCAGAAAAUUUAUAACUGGGGAAGAAGUCCACACUUUUUCAGAUAUUGUAUGAGACAGGAGUAUCGAUCAAAACGCUCAGCACAGGCGUCACUUCCUUCCAAUGCAACAUCACACAGAUUACUGCCUGUGAGAUUGGACUGUACUUUUUCAUCACGAAUUAAAGAUGUGUGUUGCGGCAAUUGGCAUUACAUGGUAGUUAUGGAGUCUGGUCAACUUUACAGCUGGGGAUAUGAUGAUUAUGGACAACUGGGGCUUGGUGGAAAAAUGGAACCACAGAUGACCCCCAGACUACUUCACAAACUAUCAAGCAAGAGUAUUACAACUAUAAGUGUUGGUGCAGAGUUUUCUGUUGCUAUGGAUACAGCUGGAUAUGUGUGGGUGUGGGGACGAGCUGACUCAGGGCAGCUCGGAUUAGAUUUUGGUACCAAUGGUGUUGGCAAGAAGGAAGUUUUUGUGCCUUGUCAGUUAACCAGUCUCCCUCCAAUGAACAGAAAGGCCUCCAUCUCAAGUGAGCAUUCUCUGAGAUCUGAUUUAAACACUGAUGUGGAUAUUGUGUGGGAUUUACCAGAUCUCUCAUCAAUCGGCAAUAAAUCAGUGCCUUAUGGCAGAGAAGCUCUUUCCAUCGCCUUGCAUCAGUUGAGUGAUCAGUAUCCUGCACAGCCAUUGAUCAGGCACUGUUUGGAUAUUAGGGAUUAUCUUGCAGCUGCAGUUAUUUAUGAAACUGUAGGUGACUGGCCACAGGUCCUUGGCUACAGUUUAAGAUUUCUUAAUGAUUGUUACACUUCUGCAUCUUGUGAUGGAAUGAGGGACAAACUCCUUUCUUCAGCUUUUGACAUCAUGCAUCAUGUUAUCAGAAAAUUCACAGAAGCUCAAAUGAAUGAUGAACAUUCGACACAGCAGACUGUAUGGCUGCUACAAGAGGUUUUGCAGUUUUGGACUCACAAUAAUCUCCCAUUUGAGAGCUUGGAAGGAUUUUUACUGAAGAAUUUAGAUGUCCUUGGCUAUGCUCUCAGUUUAUUGUUAAUCAGAGAUCAUUUCCUUUCCACGCCAAAUAAGGAUGCUCAAGGAUCAGGUUCUGCAGAAAUCAAUGAUACAAGCAAAACAUUGCCACAAAAUUUUACUGUUGAAUUUUUCAACAAAGUUGUUACUCAUGUGGUUCAUCAGCUACAAGAGGAUGAUUUGGGUGAGGAGUAUGCCUCAGAUUUGAAAUCUGUUCUCGCAAGGUACAGCAGUACAGAGGAUUCUCCGACCUCAAAAGAUGAAACGUUUGCCCAGCCAUUUGCACAGCUAGAUGCAGGCAUUCGACUGAAAGAUUUCCAUGCAGCACAGAAACAUCUCUGGCAAGAGAUCUUAGACAAUAUCAAAAAAGAUCUGGACAAACACCCAUAUAUUGCCUUAUCCAUGACUGCUGCAGCUACCAUAGCAUCUGCAGCAGUUUCUCAACAAAGAGGGUGGAGGGGAGAGGGGGAAUUGAUCACUGAGCCACAACUGCAGGCUGAUGUUGUUUUGUUUACAUGUAACCAUCAUUUUCCAAGAGUGUAUUUCCAGGAGUUUAUUUUGCCAGAAUUUCAGCAACGAAUGUCAGAAUUAGUGAUGCCUUUGAAGCAUACCACAAAACUACUGUUGAAGUAUUACUCCAGGCAAGAUGGUUUCUUGCCAACAGCCUGUCCUAUCUGUGUGUACAACUCCAUCAGAAUAGAACAGAUGGAAAUUGCAGCAGUGCAAAGUGGAAAUAUUGAGAACAUGCCAACCAAGCCAUGGGAUAUUUGACAUCAAGACAAGAUUUAUGUUUUGUUUGUUACUCUUCACUGUCUAAGAAUUUCAUAAUUGACUUGU